AUGUCUUCUUCCGUAUUUUUCAAGUUCAAAUCCCAGAAAGAGCCGACUCGUGUAGAGUUUGACGGGACUGGCAUUUCUGUAUUUGAGCUGAAGCGUGAUAUAAUACUCAAAAGCGGCCUCGGUGACGGCACAGAUUUCGACUUGGCUAUCUACACUGAAGAUGGUGCAGAAGAGUACGAUGAUGACACGACAAUCAUCCCGCGAUCUACGACUGUGGUCGCCAGAAGGUUACCUUCGAUGAAGCCUGGCGCUGGGCGUGCGGCCAGAUAUGUCUCGGGCAAGGCACCGGUCAACGCCAAGAACAGCUCUCGCAAGGAGCAGGUGGCCAAGGCUUCCACAACAAAGGCGCCAUCAGCAGCCCUGGCUCAGAUGAGCAGCGCGGUGACAGAAGAGGAGAGGUUGGCCGCCAUGUUCCAAGCGCAAUCAGAACAGUGGACCGCGCAACAGGAAGAACUUUCUCACCAAACACCGGUUUACAACGGCAAGCCCGGCGUCGGCAAGCGGCCAGCCAAUGUUCCCGAUCAUGAGCCUCCUAACGGGUACAUCUGCUAUCGGUGUGGAGAGAAAGGCCACUGGAUCCAACUUUGUCCUACCAACGACAACCCCGAGUUUGACAACAGGCCGCGUGUCAAGAGGACGACAGGGAUUCCCAAGUCCUUCCUCAAAACUGUGGACAAGGCCACCGUGCUGGGGCAGACUGGUGCUGAUGGUGAAGAAGGAAAAGUGCCCUCUGGAGUAAUGGUAAACGCAGACGGAGACUUUGUCAUUGCUCAGCCGGACAAGGCAGCGUGGGAGAAGUUCCAGGCCAGGACCAAGGUGUCUGCAGCCGCACAAAAGGUUGCUGUGCAGGAUGAGAAGGAGCUCCAGGAUAGGGGGCUUGAGUGUCCAAUGGACAAGAGACUUUUUAAUGAGCCAAUGAAAACACCUUGCUGUGAGAAGACGUAUUGCAACGAUUGCAUAACCAACGCUCUCAUAGAAAGCGAUUUCGUCUGCCCUGGCUGUCAAGCCGAAGGUGUCCUCAUCGACAAUUUAAAACCAGACGACGAAACCACCGCCAAGAUCAAGCAGUACCACGAGGAGAAAGAGAAGGAGCAACAAAAGGAAAAGGAAGCGGAUGCAGCCAAGAGCCCAGCGGCAGCCAAAUCCCCAUCGGCAAAUGACCAAUCGGCCAAGACAACCGACAACAAUGGUGCAGAUUCAAAGGAGGCCGGAAAGGCUUCCUCCAAAUCCCCCACCGCUUCUUCAGUCAAGUCACUGGCAAAAGAUCCCACAUCUCCUGCUGAGACCUCAACACCCAACGGCACAUUUAGCAAUCCCAAGAAGCGACCUGCCGAGCAACCCGCUGAGAACCCAAGGGUUCCCCGUGCUCCCAAGGCUAUGCAACAACAGCAACAGCAAGCAUCCCAGCAGCAACAACAGCAGCAGAUGAUGCAACAGAUGAUGAAUGGCAUGAAUGGCGGCAUGAACCCCAUGGGGAUGCCAAUGAUGCCUUUUGCUCCCAUGCCGAUGAACGGCAUGAAUGCGGGUUUCAUGGGGAUGCCCAACAUGGGUAGCAUGAACAUGGGCAACAUGAUGAACCCCAUGAUGGGAGGAAUGGGUGGAUUCAACGGCAACGGCAACAUGGGCUACCCUAUGGGUGGGAUGAAUGGCAACAUGAAUGGCAACAUGCAAGGCGGUGGCUGGGGUAUGAAUGGAAACGGCAUGCACGGCGGCAUGGGCAUGAACGGCGGCUACAACAACAUGAACGGGCACAUGAACGGAGGUGGCUUCAAUGGUGGCUACAACAACAUGAACGGUGGUGGCUACAACAUGGGUGACUUUAAGCAGUUUUCCAACCAGGCGGCCACAGAGGACGAUGCCUACUUUCGCAAGCCGGUCAACCCUCACCGCCAUCAAAACCGACAGAAACGAGUGCGACCGAGUGAUUAUCGCGAGCUUUGA